AUGUAUACUGUUGCAUACAAUUUCUUGGACGUGAUUCUUGAAACAACCAACCCUCAACUUAGGUCGCUUCUGAACCUGAUAGAACUAUUUUUCGGUAGUGGAGAAGAGUCCACAGCUCGCAGGCGCAAUUUACAGACAAAAGCUGGAAUGACAUCUGCUGGAGAGAGCGUAACGGAAAUCCUUCGUCGUUUACAGAGCGAAAGGGAAAGCCUUCUUCGUUUGGUUCAGUUUGUUGAUUAUCUUAUUCAUUAUAUCUCUUCUGCCUUGAUUAGGAGGCUGAAAGAAACAGAAGCACACUUAUCCAAUCAAUUGGACGUGAAUAUAAAAGGCACCUCUCUUCGUUGUCGAGAAGACGAAAUCUCCUCUCCGUUAAGCAACGUCAUGAUGUCAUGGACAAGUUACUGUGGCCAUAAAAGCUGCUAUGGUGGGACAGGCAGAGCUAAAGACCACAAGCUGUUGCAGAUGACUUGA